GGCCCGAGUUCGUGAUCGUGUGGCUCGGGCUGGCCAAGAUCGGCGUCGUCACGGCCCUGCAGGACAUGGACUUCUACAUCUACGGAGACGCAGGGAAUUUGACUGCUCAAGCUGCGGCCGAGUUCCUACCGAGGGCCUUCUCGCUGGACGAGGAGCUCAAGAAGAUGGACACGGAGCGGCCGCCGGAGUCCAUUCGCAGGGACGCCAAGAUCUCGACGUCGGACAUGGCGCUGCUCAUCUACACGAGCGGCACAACCGGUUUGCCCAAGGCCGCUCGGGUCAACCACUUCAGCAUCAUUCUGCGCUCGCUGGCCUUCAAGUACUCGAUGCAUUUGUCCAUGUACGACCGACUGUACUGCGCGCUGCCGCUCUACCACACGUCCGGAGGCAACUUGGCAGUCGGUAUGAUGAUCUUCUCGGGCGCGACGCUGUGCAUCUCGCGGCGGUUCUCGACCACCAAGUUCUGGGACGAAGUGCGCGCGUACGACUGCACGGUGAUCCAGUACAUCGGUGAGAUGUGCCGAUACCUGAUGAAUGCGCCGGCCAAGGCGAACGACAAGGAGAACCACGUGCGCGCAGCUUUCGGAAAUGGCCUGCGGCCCGAUGUGUGGGCCCCGUUCCAGGAACGCUUCGGUAUUCCGUCCGUGUACGAGUUUUACGGGUCGACAGAGGGGCCAAUGGGCAUGCUGAACGCGUGCACGACCAAGGCGGACCAGGGCCACCUCGGCCGUCGCGGGUUUAUUAACAACGUGGUCACUGGUGUGGCAAUCGUCCGCUACGACGUCGAGAAGGACGACUACAUCCGCAACAAGAAGGGCUUCCUCCAGUGCUGUGCCAUUAAUGAACCAGGUGAGUUGAUCGUCAAAGUGAACCGGAAGGACCCCGCGCGAGGAUUCCAGGGCUACUACAAGAACACGAAGGAGUCCAGCAAGAAGGUGCUGACCGAUGUGUUCAAGAAGGGCGACAUGUACUUCCGGACGGGCGACUUGUUCAAGGAGGACGAGCGGCACUGCUGGCACUUUGUCGACCGGGUGGGCGAUACCUUCCGCUGGAAGGGGGAGAAUGUGGCCACCAAUGAAGUGGCCGAGGCCGUGUCCAAGUUCCCGGGGCUGAGAGAGAUCUGCAUCGACGGCGUCGAGGUGCCGGGCAACGAGGGCCGCGCCUGCAUGGCCGCUAUGGUGUUCGACGGGAAGUCGUUUGACUUGACCGAGUUCGCGCAGUUCGUCAAGCAGCGACUACCAUCGUACGCGAUGCCUCUGUUCAUCCGAAAGCUGGAGACGAUGUCCGUCACCGGCACCAUGAAGCAGGAGAAGGCCAAGCUCCGCAAGGAGGGAAUGGACCCGUCCAAGAUAUCGGAUCGUCUGUGGGUCUUCAACCGAGCCAAGGACAAAUACGAGGAGCUUACAAGCGCGAACUAUCAUCAAGUGAUCACCAACUCGCGUCUCUAA